UCAAAUAUGUGUUUUGACUGUAGAAUACAAAAACAAAUACAUACAAAUAUCAUUAUCUAAUGUUAUGCAUGAGACACUAUAUAUGUAUGCUCCACAUAAGAAUCAUACAAAGCUUCACUGUGAUUGCUCAACGGUCUAGAUUCUGUCAGAGCCUCUCUCUUCUUAUUCUCAUGUUACAUUAAUCUUUGAACCAAAGUCUUUUUGUAACCGUCUCUGUUUCUUCUUCACUCUGCUCGUAAAAAAACAUUGAAAUCUUCGCAUCAAUGGGGAAGACAACGAAUGGAACAAGAGACUGGGCUCAGAUCUACGCAAUCUACGGGAUCGAGCAAAAACACACACUCAUCUUCCUGAUACUCAACGCGAUUGCUUUCUCUAUACUCUCCACCGUCUUUGUCAUCUACUUUAACCCGAUCUGCGUCUUCUUUCAAUCGUUUCUCUUCUCUAACGCCGCGGCAGCUAGAUUCUCGGCUGGAUUCUUUGGAGCUGUUACGGCGCUUUCCGCCGUGUGUUUGUUUUUCGCGGCGGCGAAUUUUUUUUACUCUGCUGUGCCGCUUAGGUAUGAGAUGGCGCAGAGGAUGGUUGGAUCUGUUGGAGAUUGGUCGAGUGUGAAGACCGCUCUUGACUUAGGUUGUGGUCGUGGGAUUUUGCUUAAUGCCGUUGCGACGCAGCUCAAGAAAACUGGUAGCUCGGGUCGGGUCGUUGGGUUGGAUCGGUCCAUGACUACUACUCUCUCUACUCUACGUACAGCUCACAUCGAAGGAGUACAAGAGUACGUGACAUGCCGUGAAGGAGACGUAAGAAGGCUUCCGUUUAGUGAUAACUACUUUGACGUGGUGGUUUCUGCAGUGUUUCUCCAUACCAUUGGGAAAGAAUACGGUCAGAAGACGGUGGAGGCGGCGGCAGAGAGGAUGAGAGUACUUGGAGAAGCGGUGAGAGUGUUGAAACCAGGAGGAGUUGGAGUGGUUUGGGACUUAGUGCACGUGCCGGAGUAUGUGCGGCGGUUACAGGAGCUGAGGAUGGAGGAGAUUAGAGUUUCGAAACGAGUCACUGCGUUUAUGGUUAAGAGCCAUAUGGUCUCGUUUAAGAAACCUAGUCAGCAUUUUGUGGGAUCUGGUGAAGUACGUUUAGAUUGGAGAUGUUAAGGUUUUCUUAAAAACUAAUGUAAUUUCAUACCCCUUUUUUUAUUUUAGUGAAUCCUAGAGAUUUUCAUCGAUCGAAAGAAUGUGUAAACUUUUAUCAGUUUAUAUACUUAUGGAGUGUUUUUGUUUUUAAAAAAGUUUUAUUCAAUUAAAUCAGUCUUGCAUUUGAC